AUGUUGCACGCUCAUGCUCUCUUCCUUCCACGAACUUUCCUUUGACUUGUCUAAUCUCUUAUUAGUACAAUCGCUCACACAUACGCCCAUUCUCUCUCUUCUUUCCACCUUCACCAGCAAGUUCCAAGUUCUAAGUCCUAACCAUGGCUUCACCUAUGGAAGAAGGGUCGGAGAGGGAUUUAGAGAAGGGAUUAGUGCAGCCACAACUAAACCAAAACCCUCUCACCGACCCAUCACCGACACCAUCACCAUCUUCAACAUCAACUGCCCCAGCUUUAGUUUUGUCGAAUUCUGGCAAACGAAUCGAUCAAGCAGGAAAGAAGAAGUAUGUAAAACAAGUCACUGGUCGCCACAACGAUACUGAGCUCCAUCUGGCGGCUCAGCGUGGCAAUUUGGCUGAUGUGCAGCAUAUACUUAAUGAUAUUAAUUCACAAAUGGUGGGGACUUUGAGUGGAGCUGAUUUUGAUACUGAGGUUGCAGAGAUAAGGGCAUCGGUGGUUAAUGAGGUGAAUGAGUUAGGGGAGACCGCGCUGUUUACUGCCGCAGAUAAAGGGCAUCUUGAGGUGGUUAAGGAGUUACUGAAAUAUUCGAAUAAGGAGUGCCUCACGAGGAAGAACAGGUCCGGGUAUGAUCCGUUGCAUAUUGCUGCCGUCCAAGGGCACCAUGCCAUUGUCCAAGUGCUACUAGAUCACGACCCCAGUCUGAGCCAAACACAUGGCCCAUCAAAUGCAACUCCUCUUGUAUCUGCCGCAACAAGAGGGCAUACUGCAGUAGUCAUCGAAUUGCUGUCAAAGGAUGGUAGCUUAUUGGAGAUUUCUAGAUCUAAUGGGAAAAAUGCCUUGCAUUUAGCUGCCCGACAAGGACAUGUAGAUAUUGUAAAAGCAUUGCUUAGCAAAGAUCCCCAGUUAGCACGAAGGACUGACAAGAAGGGGCAGACUGCUUUGCAUAUGGCUGUAAAAGGGCAGAGCUGUGAGGUGGUGAAAUUGCUUCUCGACGCAGAUGCUGCGAUCGUGAUGCUUCCGGACAAGUUUGGCAAUACAGCAUUACAUGUAGCAACUAGGAAAAAGAGAGCAGAGAUAGUGAAUGAGUUGUUAUUACUUCCUGACACCAACGUCAAUGCUCUGACCAGAGACCACAAAACAGCGCUUGAUAUAGCAGAAGAGCUUGUCCUUUCUGAAGAAUCAUCAGAUAUAAAGGAGUGUCUUUAUCGCUAUGGUGCUCUUAGAGCUAAUGAACUCAACCAACCAAGGGAUGAGUUGAGGAAAACUGUCACUCAAAUUAAGAAUGAUGUUCACACCCAGCUGGAACAAACCAGAAGGACCAACAAGAAUGUGCAUAAUAUUUCAAAAGAGCUUAGAAAAUUACACCGUGAAGGGAUCAACAAUGCCACCAACUCUGUAACUGUGGUCGCUGUGCUAUUUGCAACCGUUGCUUUUGCAGCUAUCUUCACUGUACCUGGUGGUGAUUUAAAUAGUGGGAUGGCUGUGGUGGUGAGCCAUACUUCUUUCAAAAUUUUCUUCAUCUUUAAUGCUAUUGCUCUCUUUACAUCCUUGGCUGUUGUGGUGGUUCAAAUUACUUUGGUCAGAGGUGAGACAAAAGCUGAGAGGCGGGUAGUGGAAGUGAUUAACAAAUUGAUGUGGUUGGCUUCCGUGUGCACAUCAGUGGCUUUUAUGGCCUCCGCUUACAUAGUGGUUGGCCGUACACAUGAAUGGGCUGCAGUGUUAAUUACAAUUGUUGGCGGUGUUAUAAUGACUGCAGUUCUUGGAACCAUGACUUAUUAUGUGGUGAAGUCGAAGAGGAUUCGCUCAAUGAGGAAAAGGGAUAAGCAUUCAAGGAGAAGUGGAUCGAAUUCUGGGCACCAUAACUCGGAGUUUUCCAAUUCAGAAGUUGACCGAAUUUACGCCCUUUAAUGUGUGAAUUUGCAACUUUUGGCAAUUGUACACCAGAAACAAUGGGAGUUCAGCAGGUAACCGAAAGCUUUAUGGCUAAUAAAAAGUAGUACUUUCAAAAGUUA